GGUGACGUAGGCACGCACGAGCCAGCGCGGGCUCCGGAGUGCGCAUGUGUGCUGUGUGCACUCCCGGAAGUCGGCCAUGGCGGCUCUCCGCGAAGCUGCCCUGCGGAAACUGCGGAGAUUUUCCGAGCUGAGAGGGAAACCUGUGGCAGCUGGAGAAUUCUGGGACAUAGUUGCCAUAACAGCAGCAGAUGAAGAGCAGGCUCUGGCUUACAAGCAGCAGUUGUCAGAGAAGCUGAAGAGAAAGGAAUUACCCCUUGGAGUUCAAUAUCACGUUUUCGCUGAUCCUGCUGGAACCAAAAUUGGAAAUGGAGGAUCAACACUUUGUUCCCUUCAGUGUCUAGAAAGACUCUAUGGAGAUCAAUGGAAUUCCUUCCUGGUCCUGUUAAUUCACUCUGGUGGCUACAGUCAACGCCUUCCCAAUGCAAGUACUUUAGGAAAAAUCUUCACAGCGUUCCCACUUGGUGAGCCCAUUUAUCAGAUGUUGGAGUUAAAGCUAGCCAUGUACAUGGAUUUCCCCUCACACAUGAGGCCUGGAGUUUUGGUCACCUGUGCAGAUGAUAUUGAAGUAUACAGUGUUGGGGACUCUGAGUACAUUGCAUUUGACCAGCCUGGCUUUACUGCCUUAGCCCAUCCUUCUAGCCUGGCUGUAGGCACCACACAUGGAGUAUUUGUCUUGGACUCUACUGGUUACUCACAGCAUGGUGACCUUGAGUACAGGCAAUGUCAUCGUUUCCUCCAUAAGCCCAGCGUUGAAAACAUGCAUCGCUUUAACGCUGUGCAUAGGCAAGGAAGCUUUGGUCAGCAGGAUUUGGCUAGGGGUGACACUGCCUGUCUGCCAUUGCACACUGAGUAUGUCUACACAGAUAGCCUGUUUUACAUGGAUCAUAAGUCAGCCAAAAUGCUUCUUGAAUUUUUUGAAAGUGUAGGCCCACUGAACUGUGAAAUAGAUGCCUAUGGUGACUUUCUGCAGGCACUGGGGCCAGGAGCCACUGCAGAGUACACUGAGAACAUGUCACAUGUCACUGAAGAAGAGUCUCAGUUGGUAGACAUGAGGCGGAAAAUAUUCCACCUCCUUAAAGGAACACCACUGAAUGUCAUUGUCCUUAAUAACUCCAGGUUUUAUCACAUUGGAACAACAGAAGAGUACCUGCUUCAUUUCACUUCGGAUAGUACGUUAAAGUCAGAGCUGGGCUUACAGUCCAUAGCCUUCAGUGUCUUUCCAAAUGUCCCAGGAUGCCGUAGUGAAAGGUCCUGUGUCAUCCAUAGCAUACUGGAUUCAGGGUGCUGUGUGGCCCCUGGUACAGUUGUAGAGUACUGCAGACUGGGGCCUGAGACAUCCAUUGGGGAAAACUGCAUUAUUAGCAGUUGUGUCAUAGCAAAAGCUGUUCUGCCAGCAUAUUCUUUUGUUUGCUCUUUAAGUGUAAAGAUAAAUGGGCACUUAGAAUAUUCAACCAUGGUGUUUGGCACACAAGACAAUUUGAAAAACAGUGUUAAAACCCUGACAGAUAUAAAGGCACUUCGGUUCUUUGGAGUCUGUUUUCUGUCUUGUUUGGACAUUUGGAACCUUAAGGCCACUGAGGAACUGUUCUCAGGAAAUAAGGCCCACCUGAGCCUGUGGACUGCUCGCAUCUUCCCUGUCUGCCCGUCUCUGCGCGAGUCAGUCACAGCAUCCCUUGGGAUGUUGAGCGCUUUAAGGAGCCGUUCACCAUUCAGCCUGAGCAACUUUAAGCUGCUCUCCAUCCAGGAAAUGCUUGUCUACAAAGAUGUACAAGACAUGCUAGCUUAUAGGGAGAAAAUUUUUCUAGACAUUAGUUCAAAUAAAAAACAAUCCGUAUUGGAGAAAUCUUAAAAGCAAUGCAUUUUGCCUGUGAACAAGAUUGCAAAUGCAGGCAUUUUCUUUUUUUUUUUUUUUUUUUUUUUUUUUUUGACACCUGAUUUUUUUUUUUUUUUUGCUUGUUUCAGUAAUUCAAUAUAAUAAAUACUGCAUGUAUAGAACUGGUAUAGCAUGGUAAUGAGAAAGGUACAGGUGAACACUUCUUCAGGAAGAACAGUUCAGGAUUGAAUUCAGAAAAGUGAUACUGUGUUAGAAGUUUGUACUAUCUGAAUUUUGUUUCUUGGUAACGAUAAUUUGUGGGGUACUGUUUCAUUCACAAAGUAAAUGCUGCCUGUGUGGAGUAUGAUUUUCUAAACACACCUUUAGUUUUCUACCUUAUUUUGGAAUUUGGUCCAACAAAGUUGUGCUACUAAUGACUGGAUUACUUUAUUUGUCACAGUGAGACAAUACCUAGCACAACAUCAUUACACAUAUUUGAAAGAAACAUGUUAUUUUUUUUAGAUUUUGUUCUAUUUUGAUUGUCUGUACGUGUGUUACCAUCAUGUCUGUAUGUGCACCACAUGCUUGUAGUGCCCAUGAGAGGCUAGGACAGCUAUUUCCAACCUGUGGCUCACAACCCCCUUUGGGGUCAAAACAUCCUUUUACAGAGGACACCAUCAGAAAACAUAAAUAUUUACAUAAUGAUUUGUAAUAAUAGCCAAAUUGCAUCUAUGAAGUAGCAACAAAAAUUAUGGCUAGGGGUCAUCCCAUCAUGAGGAAUUUUAUUAGAGGGUAGGAGCAUUAGAAAGGUUGAGAACCUCUGGGCCAGAAGAAGGCAUUGGGUCUCUUGGAACUAGAGUUAUAGGUGGCUAUGACCUCUAUGUUGGUUCUUUGAGUCAAACCUUGGUCCUCUGAAAGUGCUAUAAAAUGAUGUUUGUGCCUCACAGAUCUUGCCAGAAUGAGAUAAGAAGCAUGUGUGUAUUAUUUUAUUCUUAUACACUUUAACAUGUUGCCAUAUUUUAUAAACUAUGCCACUCUAUUAAGCUGAAAAUACAUACACACCGAAAUCAUUUGUCUCCUCAGUGAUAGGAACAGUUUAGAACCAAAGCUCUCUUCACCAUGGACAUUAGUCCUCUCUCAAGUAAUCCUGCAACAAGCCUCUUGCCUUGCCAACGAGCAUUUUGCUUUACAUCACUUUGUGUCCACAGUGGGAGUGAUAACAACAAACAGUUGGCCCAAAGAAAGGAAGUUAGAAUAGGAAAUCUGAGAGAAUACUCAGAUCAUACUCAACUUCAAGGAAAUGAAACGUGACUGCAUUUCCAGGUUUUGUGCACCUAGUUUGAAAUAAGCACAUUUGUGAAAUGUCUUUAGAUUGAAGUUUAAUAGAGGCAAGACUUGUGUUUAAAUUACCUUAAGUAAACUGGAAUAACUGCUGUGACAAUUUAUUUAUGUAUAUAUUUUCAUAAAAAUCUGUCAAAACCCCUCUACUAUCUUAACAGAUAUAUAAAUAUGUAUUUGUCUUUUUGAGGUUUCCAGGGAUAAAGUGUGAUACUGUUUGACAAUUUUAGAUUUACUUACAGAAAUUUCAAUGGAUGUUGAAUGUUAUUAAAUAUUUAAGACUAAUUUUACUUCAAAUCCUGUCAAGGAUCAGAAUUACAAUUUCAUGUUCUAAGAAAAAAAAAGCAUCAUUAUUAAUAAAGAGUAGCAUCACUUCCUUGGUUAUUUGAAUUUCUUGUAUUUAUUACAUCUCUCUUAUAGGUACACUAAGACAUGAUUUUGUCAUAUCAGCGUAUGUACAUAAAGGAACAAAUAACAUGUAAUAUACAGAUAUACUCAAAAACAUUGUACAUUUUAGAGGAAAGGUCUUACUCUUCUGAAGCACUCAGAAAUCAACUCAUAUUUAUUAACAAACAGCUAUCCCUCAAGCUCUAGCCACUGUGACUUCAGGUAUUGGCAAGGCUAUGGUUAAACUUUUCUAUACCUUAAGAAUUUCAUACAUGAAUACAGUGAAUAUGAUCAUGUCUGUCCUUCAUCCCCUCAACAGUCCCAUAUACCACCAAAAUGUGUCUCUCCCUCCCAACUUCAUGUCUUUUUGUUUUCAUAACCUACUAAGUCAAGUUAGUGCUUGCUAUGUCUACAUUGGUGUGUGGCCAUCUGCUGGAACGCGGCAGUCAGUAGUCACAUCCUCAAAAGACACAAUGAUUCCCCUUCCUCUAGAAACUGUCAACUCCAAAUUAGUCCCUGAAAAGGAGUGGGCCCUGGAAUUAUCUGCUUCCACUGCUGGAUUUUGUGUGCUUCUGGUUAGUUUUAAUUUAUCAUUCUCCUGCCCAGAAAAGAAGUAAAGCAUUUAAAUCUUGAGGCAAAAAUCUUUUAAAACACAGCUCUGUUGAAAUCAACUGCUCGUUUUCAUUUGCAGGUUGACAAAUGCUGUGCAUCUCAAUGGAGUUUUACAUGAGUGGUUUUCUGCCUAUUGCUUGUAGCCUUGGGGUUUGGGAAAGUAAAUUAUAGCCACAAAUAUGCUGUUUUUCAGAUGGGUUUCAGAGUAAUUGUAGUAAAACCUAAAAUCUGGAAAACUACAAAAAUAUGAUUAUAUUUUUAGGGUCUGAAUGCAAAUUCUAAUACACUGGCCUUCUGACAAAGUCAUAAAUUAACGUACAGAUUUCCUAAUUACACAUCUCUCCAAUCAGCUUUAUUAAAGUUUAAGAAGAAAUUAUAAUUGGUUAGAGUUAGUUGAACUUCUAGUGAACUAAAAUCUAAUUCAGUGAGGAGCUGUUAGCAGAAGUGGCCCUGUAAGGAGGGAGAAAAAAACAGAGCUUUAAUGACAUUUUUCUCUCUUGUUUUAACUGGUGCCCAAACACAUGUACACCACACCACACACACACACACACCACACACACACAAUGUAUGGCUGGGUUUUACAACAGAACUACUAACUUGUGAAGGCAUGCAGGCUUCUUCAUCCUAGAUUACAACUGUGGUGUCAUAUGCUAUGCACACCUGCAGACUUGAAUUUGAUCCUCUGAACCCACAGUGAAAGAAGAGAACUGAUUUCCUGAAGUUAUCCUCUGACCUUUACACACAUGCUGGGGCACACACAUACUUGCAAACACACACACACCGCAACAAAACCCAGCUGUGUCAUUGCCUCAGGAUGUAUUCAUUUCUGUAUUUUGUCCACAUUUUUGAAUUUGGUCUAUUAGUGAACAUAGUGCAUCUAAUAACAAAUUUUAUAUUUAGAUAGGCCCUUGUUUACACCACUUCCCACCCUCUCUCCCUGGAAAAUGACAACAGACCUCUUCAUUUAGAUAUCUCUCUUUAUAAUACUAAAGAAGCCUUUCAAUUUAUGAUACAACCAUCUACAGAAUCUUAAGCUUUACCCAUGACAUCCUUUCCUUCAGCCAGUUCACCCAGUUCUCUAGGGAAUCUACUGUAUGUUGAAAUCACAAUCAAAGUUCAGUCACAUUUGCCUAUUACUGAGCUAUGAUCAUUACCAAUCUAAACAGUCCUUUUAUAAGUAAUAUAAUCCCUUCUACACACUAAUAAUUAACUAAUUGAAUUUUACAGUUUUACAUGAAGACAGUUAUAAAGAGAUAACAAAGGGAAAUAUUAUAGAAGAUUGGCAUUGAGUUGUGUUGAACACUGAAAAGAAAAAGACAUCAAUUUUGUUGAUUGGUCUGCCUUUAAAUCCUGCUUUUCUCUGUUGAAGGAUGAAAAUGCAUACUAGUCCUAGCGUCCUGUGGUUUUUUUUCAUGUGCUCCUGUGCAUGGUGAUCAGGAAUGUCUUUCCUUUGCUCAUUGCCUUUCUCUUUGCAGACUAUGCAACCAUAUGUCAGCUGGAACUUUGUUAGAUACAGGAAACAUUACCUUAGACUAUGGUAAAUUCCAGGGUUGUCCAGAUUUCCCAAUGUCUGAAAUUCUUGGAUCAUGUAUCAUCAUACACACCAUGUUAUCAUACAUUUUUUCUUUCUAAUGAACUGGAUCUUUAGGGACUUGGCAAGUGGUUGUAUCACAGUUCUGUGGCUUUCCUGUCUAUUGUUGAGUGAAUAGGUCUGGAAUUUUUUUCAUACAUGUUGUAUCCCCCAUUCUCUUAAUAAAAAAAAAUUUACACAAUUUA